UUUUUCACGUGCUUUUAGUGACUUUUAAAAGGCGAAACCCCGCUUUUCUUCCAUUCAAAAGAACAGCACAGAUUCUGCACGUCAUCCCGCCGUACAGUCGCAAUCGGUUGAAUGGGUUCCCUAGGAAAAAAGAAGCCGUAAAAAACUUUAGAAGUCCAUCAAAGUAAGUGGGUUCCCUGCGCAGCUUUCCAAUUCAAUUAGCUGACGGCGGGGGAGACUACUCUGCAGCGAGUGUCGCAUUCAUAUCAGCAACUCCAGAGGAACUGUUUCACCGUGAAUUACGCAGGGUGGACAGCGAUGUGGGGGCGUGUGUUGAACACCGUAUUGUCGUUUCCAUGUCCCGAUGGUGAACACAGCACGUGGGACCUCUGAAUAGGACGGGACGGACUCUUAUUUAGGCUACGUUUUGCACAGUAGCCUACAUGAGAGGUGCACAUACAUAUAGAUGCGUCUCUUAUGCCAAAGUCUUUUUGGAACUGUAAUGCGUGCGAGCUCGGCGUUGCCUCCUUAAAUUAAAAGGUCCUACUGUGCCAAUUGAUUUCUACUGGACACUAAUAACUUUACCAUUUACAGCUGUACGCACAGCGACAGAGAGCUGCACAGCAUUCAGGUGAAACGUGCGGAUAUAUUUGCCGUUACUCGUGGCUCUCCAGAACUUGCGUAAAACGGAGACCCUCGGACACUAUGGAUAUUUGCAAAGGUCGUUUGCUGGGCAUUACGGUGGCUGUAGCGCACGGUUUUUUCUCGGGAUCUUUAAACAUUUUGUUAAAAUUUCUCAUCACCACGUAUCACUUCAAUUACCUCACCCUAAUCCAGUUUCUGACGAGUAGCACUGCGGCGCUCACUCUGGAGAUUCUGAGAAGAUUGGGAAAAGUAGAUAUACCUCCGUUCAGUCUACAGUUAGUGAAAGUUUUCUCUGGCGUGUGUAUUUUGUCCACUCUACAGUCAACCCUCACGCUAUGGUCUCUCAAAGGACUUAGUUUACCGAUGUAUGUGGUUUUCAAACGAUGUCUCCCCUUGGCAACGCUGGGGAUUGGAGUUUGCAUUUUAAAGAACGGAAUUCCCUCGGUCGGGGUUAUAUGCGCGGUGUUGAUUACCACGACAGGAGCAGCCUUGGCAGGUGCGGGUGACCUCACAGGAGACCCGUUUGGCUAUGUGACGGGCGUGCUGGCCGUGAUCAUCCACGCCUCCUACCUGGUCCUCAUUCAGAAGGCCAGCAGCGACACCGAACACGGGCCGCUCACGGCUCAGUACACCAUUGCCAUCGUGGCCUCGCCAGUGCUGCUGGUGUGCGCCUGCGUCAGCAUGGACGCCAUCGACAUGUGGACGUACGAGGGCUGGAAGAACCCCUACAUCACGGGCAUCUUUGUCACCUGCAUCCUCAUCGGCUGCGCCAUGAACUUCACCACGCUCCACUGCACCUACAUUAACUCGGCGGUGACCACCAGCUUCGUGGGUGUGGUGAAGAGCAUCGCCACCAUCACCGUGGGCAUGGUGGCCUUCACCGACGUGGAGCCCACCCACCUCUUCAUCGCAGGCGUGGUGGUCAACACCGUGGGGUCCAUCACAUACUGCAUCGUCAAGUACUUCGAGACCAAGAAGAAGCUCAAGUACCAGGACAUGGACGAAGCCAGCGAGGAGGAGGGGCUGCCUGGACAGCCGUACAUCGAGCCGGCCAAGCCGAGGGGGGACGGCGACUGGGACGCCGAGGUGGAGGCAAAGGGACUUGCCAAUGGGACCCUGGUCACAGGGUUGCCAGAUGGGAGUGACCAGACCCCGUUCCCAGCGCUGGAGCACACUGCCAUGGAGUCAGUCGAGAUGCAGAAGGAGGCCUACUUCCAGGACGGCGGCGAGCCGGUCGCACAGCCCCAGCCCCUGAGUGACAGUUUCCUGGGGGUGUGGAGGUCUGUUCGCACACUCAAGUUCUUCAAGAAGGACACCCUGAUUGAUAACAUGGAGGUGCAGAGCCCUUGACACUGAAUGUGUUUAUUUUUAUUCGUGGUGAAAGCGUGCAUGUUGUGUCCGUUUGUGUCACUGAAUGAGCUUGAAUAUGAACACUGGAAGAUGUUUUUUCUGCCUUUCUUUCUUCUCUUAAAAAGUAUUUUUAAGAAAUCUAUCUGAUGAGUUUGUACAAAUAGGAGGGAUUAUACCAAGUAUUUCUAAAUGCAUAGAGUAAAUGCAUUGAAAUGUUUUAUACUGAGUUUUCAGUAGUGGCAAUGUUGUCUGUGCAGGGAAUGGCAAACCAACCAUACGUCAGAAUGAGAGUAAGGGGCAGCCCUUGCUCCCCCAUUAUUUAAAAACGCCUCCUUUUUAAGACAUCUUGUAUUUACUGUAAAUAUAAGAAUGUUGAUUGGGUGUGUUACAUGUUAUUAACUGAGAACUAAAAAGAAAAACGAUUAUCAUGUUUUACUAUGAUUUGUUUACUUGUUUUGUCUUGCACGUAACGUGAAUGCCUGAUUGUGCAAUCUCAAAAUGAGACACUCAGUAAGAUCAAGGAGCAACAGCAUUUUACAUGUGCAUGUCUGAUGCAAAGUAAAUUCAAAUGAGUUUCACAUGAGAAAUGCCUGCUCCCUAUAAUGCUGUUUUUUAUUUAGAAUGGAACAUCCAUAACCGUAAGUGACCUGGUAAUUGCUUUUUGCCAUGUUGUCUUACCACUGAGAAAUGCUUCUGAAUUACCAGUGGAUUGUUGCUGAUAAGGUUCACAUAACCGAAGAAUAACAUAGGUUGACAUGAGCCAUCUGCCCAGGAGCGAAAAAAGAUAUUGGAAAAAUCUGUAAGCUGAAAGCAUUUGUUUGGCUGGGCACCCAUAUUACCUCAAUUCAAUAUAUAGCCUCAAUAUACAUACAAAGUACACAAGAGAAUCUCUUUCCCUUAUCUUCAUGGAUCCUAUAGGUCUCUGUAAGAUGUCUACUGCUUGAAGUAUGUCAAAAUCUUGUUAUGGCAAAAGUACAGUGACUGCAUAUGCUUUAUGUAAAGGGAUGUUUUUUUUUUUGCAAUUAAAAAUGUAUUUCCAAUUGUGAAA